AUGGCAAAAGCAUUGGUGUUUAGUAUUCUUGUUGCUUUGUUAUCAAUCAUAUUUUCUUCAUUACCUACUAAUGCUCUCCUUGGUUGCUUUGAGCCAUGUCAAAGACGGGAGGAAUGCAGGGGUCAACUUGUUUGUUUAAAUGGACAAUGUGUUGAUAACCCUGAUGCUAGAAUCAAAUUAUGUAAUUUGAUAAGAAGACCUCCACCUCCAUCACCUAGGGGACCACCACCUCCACCUCCAUCACCACGAGGACCACCACCUCCACCUCCAUCAUCACCACCUCCACCUCCGUCACCAAGGAGACGACCACCUCCACCUCCGCCACCAAGGAGACGACCACCUCCACCUCCCCCACCAAGGAGACAACCACCUCCACCUCCGCCACCAAGGAAACGACCACCUCCACCACCAAGAAGGCCACCACGAAGUGCUAUAACUAACUAA